AUGUGUUGUAGCGACCUCAACAAAAACGAUGUGGAUAUGUUGGUUAUGGAGAAUGCCGAGAAACAAGAGUGGACUAAGAUUACAUUUGUGGCCAUGCUUCAAGAUUUACCUAGUCGUGUCGAUUUUGCGGGUGUCACUCAUCCUGGUGGUGAAAUCGUUUUAGUCCAUAAGACUUAUUAUAGUGGGUUGGCUUCAGUUGUUUAUUAUUAUGAUCCAAAACGGAAUAGUCGUAGAAGAGCUGAAAUCCAAACUACAACGUCCUUAUUCACAAGAAACCCUAGUGUAUACGUUAGAAUCAGGGCUGUCACGGAUCAUGUUGAGAAUAUUAUGCGUUUGUAG